UGGUUCCUCCUUCAAGGGAAGGGGUGGGGAGGAGGAGGUAGUGACGUUUGAGGUGCCCACAGGCCCAGGGGGCCUGCCCUUGGGAUAGAUCCAGACCCAUGGAAUUCCCCGGGAGGAGCAGCAGGUCCACAGCGUCUCAUACUCUACACCAGUAUUGCUGUCCUACUCAGGUCCUUGACUCCAUGAAGCUUACCCCCUCAGGCAGGCUGGCAGAGAGCAGUGUGGAGGGUGAUGCCCCAGGCAGUGACCUCAGCACAGCGGUUGAUAGCCCUGGGAGCCAACCCCCCUACCGGCUGAGCCAGCUGCCCCCCACCAGCAGCCACAUGGGGGGCCCUCCUGCUGGGGUGGGCCUUCCCUGGGCUCAGCGGGCACGCCUCCAGCCAGCCAGUGUCGCCCUGAGGAAGCAGGAGGAAGAGGAGAUAAAGCGCUCCAAGGCCCUAUCCGACAGCUAUGAACUCUCCACCGACCUGCAGGAUAAGAAGGUGGAAAUGCUGGAGAGAAAAUAUGGGGGCUCCUUCCUGAGCCGCAGGGCUGCCAGGACCAUCCAGACAGCCUUCCGCCAGUACCGCAUGAACAAGAAUUUUGAACGGCUACGCAGUUCAGCUUCAGAGAGCCGCAUGUCCCGCCGAAUCAUCCUUUCUAACAUGCGGAUGCAGUUCUCUUUUGAGGAGUACGAGAAGGCACAGAACCCCGCGUACUUCGAGGGCAAGCCUGCCUCGCUGGACGAGGGUGCCAUGGCUGGUGCCCGGAGCCACCGGCUUGAACGGGGGCUCCCCUAUGGAGGCUCCUGUGGUGGGGGCAUCGAUGGUGGUGGAAGCUCUGUCACCACAUCUGGAGAGUUUUCUAAUGACAUCACAGAGCUAGAGGACUCCUUCUCCAAACAGGUGAAGUCUCUGGCUGAAUCCAUCGAUGAAGCCCUGAACUGCCACCCAUCUGGGCCGAUGUCUGAGGAGCCAGGGUCAGCCCAGCUGGAGAAGCGCGAGUCAAAGGAACAGCAAGAAGACAGCUCAGCUACAUCCUUCAGUGACCUUCCGCUCUACCUGGAUGACCCAGUUACUCCACCGUCUCCUGAGCGACUGCCCAGCACAGAACCCCCACCCCAAGGCCGUCCUGAGUUUUGGGCACCAGCCCCACUCCCCCCGGUUCCUCCACCAGUGCCACCAGGGACCCGGGAAGAUGGUACCCGUGAGGAAGGCACCCGCCGGGGUCCUGGUUGCUUGGAAUGCAGGGAUUUCCGGUUGCGGGCUGCCCACCUUCCCCUGCUUACCAUUGAGCCUCCUAGUGACAGCUCCGUGGACCUGAGUGAUCGCUCAGAUCGUGGCUCUGUCCAUCGCCAGCUGGUGUAUGAGGCUGAUGGCUGCAGCCCCCAUGGGACCCUGAAGCACAAGGGACCACCAGGCAGGGCUCCAAUCCCACAUCGCCACUACCCAGUCCCUGAGGGCCCAGCCCCAGCGCCACCUGGACCCCUGCCACCAGCCCCCAACAGUGGCACUGGGCCCAGUGGUGUGGCUGGAAGUCGGAGGUUGGGGAAGUGUGAGGCAGCCGGAGAGAACUCUGAUGGUGGAGAUAACGAGAGCCUGGAGAGCUCCAGCAAUUCCAAUGAGACCAUCAACUGCAGCUCUGGCUCCUCUUCUCGGGACAGCCUGAGGGAGCCUCCAGCCACUAGCCUGUGCAAGCAGACUUACCAGAGGGAGACAAGGCACAGCUGGGACUCACCAGCCUUCAACAACGAUGUGGUACAGAGACGGCAUUACCGAAUUGGCCUCAACCUCUUCAAUAAGAAGCCAGAGAAGGGUAUCCAGUAUUUGAUCGAACGAGGCUUCUUGUCAGACACACCAGUGGGAGUGGCUCACUUCAUCCUGGAACGGAAAGGCCUGAGCCGGCAGAUGAUAGGAGAAUUCCUAGGGAACCGGCAGAAGCAGUUCAACAGAGAUGUGUUGGAUUGUGUAGUGGAUGAGAUGGACUUCUCCUCCAUGGAUCUGGAUGAUGCACUCCGGAAGUUCCAAUCCCAUAUCCGGGUUCAGGGUGAGGCCCAGAAAGUGGAGCGACUCAUUGAAGCUUUCAGCCAGCGGUAUUGUGUCUGCAAUCCAGCCUUGGUGCGCCAGUUCCGGAACCCAGAUACCAUCUUCAUCCUUGCUUUUGCCAUCAUCCUCCUCAAUACUGACAUGUACAGUCCCAGCGUCAAGGCUGAACGCAAGAUGAAACUAGAUGACUUCAUCAAGAACCUGCGAGGGGUUGACAACGGUGAGGACAUCCCCCGAGACCUCCUGGUAGGCAUCUACCAGCGCAUCCAGGGGCGUGAACUGAGAACCAAUGAUGACCACGUGUCCCAGGUGCAGGCUGUGGAGCGCAUGAUUGUUGGCAAAAAACCGGUCCUGUCUCUUCCUCACCGCCGACUGGUUUGCUGUUGCCAGCUCUAUGAGGUGCCAGAUCCAAACCGCCCCCAGAGGCUAGGGCUGCAUCAGCGGGAGGUCUUCCUCUUCAAUGAUCUCCUCGUGGUCACCAAAAUUUUCCAGAAGAAGAAGAUCUUGGUGACGUACAGCUUCCGUCAGUCCUUUCCCCUGGUGGAAAUGCACAUGCAGCUCUUCCAGAAUUCAUAUUACCAGUUUGGGAUCAAGUUGCUGUCUGCAGUACCUGGUGGGGAGCGAAAAGUCCUCAUCAUCUUCAAUGCCCCCAGCCUCCAGGACCGGCUACGCUUCACAUCUGACCUUCGUGAGUCCAUUGCUGAGGUGCAAGAGAUGGAGAAGUACCGUGUGGAGUCGGAGCUGGAGAAGCAGAAGGGUAUGAUGCGGCCUAACACCUCACAGCCUGGAGGAGCGAAGGACUCGGUGAAUGGGACACUGGCCCGCAGUAGCCUGGAGGACACUUACGGGGCAGGCGAUGGGCUCAAACGGGGCGCACUCAGCAGUUCCCUUCGUGACCUCUCUGAUGCAGGGGUCUGUUAUUAGCAGUCCACGCCCUCACCAGAGGAUGCCACCUCCACCCCCACCCCCGCCGCCAGAGGAGUACAAGAGC